AUGGAAUUCCUCAAAGUUCCUACUACUAUCCUUGUGAUUUUGAGUCUCUCCAUUUGUAGUUUUGGCACUACUUCAAUGAACUCUAUGCAUUCUUCAGUUGGCCCAAACAAAGGGGCUUAUUGGCCUUCAUGGACCACAAAUUUUCCUCCAUCCGCAAUUGACACCACUCUUUUCACUCAUGUUUAUUAUGCUUUUCUUUCUCCUAGUAACAUCACAUUUAAAUUCGAAAUCGAUUAUCCAAUCGCUUUGUCACUCAAAAACUUCACUACAACCCUUCACAAAAAGAAACCGGCUGUCAAGACAAUGCUUUCCAUUGGAGGUGCCGCCGAAGGUCCAAAGAUCUUUUCGCGUAUGGCCAUGAGCCACGAGUCAAGAAAGAGUUUCAUCCUUUCUACUAUAGAAGUAGCGCGCAAGUUUGAGUUUGAUGGACUUGACCUAGAUUGGGAAUUCCCUCAAACCCCGGUCGAUAUGGUUAACCUACGCCGCUUGCUUCACGAGUGGAGAGCCGCGGUCAAGAAAGAGGCUAAGGAAACAUGUAAGCCUCAAAUUCUUCUUUCCGCGGCCACAUACUACAACCCGGUAGUAACCCUAGACGACGUAUAUCGUAAGUAUCCAGUGACUUCAAUAAAUAAAAAUCUUGAUUGGAUAAAUGCAAUGUGCUAUGACUAUCGUGGGUCAUGGGACAAAACUGCAACGGGGGCCCAAGCCGCAUUAUAUGAUCCACAUAGCAACAUUAGCACAAGUUAUGGGCUACAAGCAUGGAUCAAAGCAAAGAUCCAUAAAGACAAGUUAGUUAUGGGUUUGCCAUUAUAUGGUCGGACUUGGCAACUAAAGGACCCAAAUGUAUAUGGUAUCGGGGCUCCAGCCGUGGAUGUUGGACCCGGGAUUGAAGGACAAAUGCCUUAUGUUGAUGUCGAAAAGUUCAAUAUUCAAAACAACGCAAUCGUGGUAUUUGACAUCUCGACGGUGUCUACUUAUUCUGUCGCGGGUACCUCAUGGAUCGGAUAUGAUGAUGUUAGAUCGACAGAAAUGAAAGUGGCAUAUGCCCGAGAACUUGAAAUCGGUGGAUACUUUUUUUGGGCCGUCAAUGGUGAUCAUGAGUGGAAAAUCUCUCGACAAGCUUCGAAGACUUGGACUCAAUGAAAACCCACAUUCAAAAUCAAGAGCUUCGAAUUAAUGGAAUAGU